GCAAAUUUCAUUUUGCAACGUCUCAAUAACAACGUUCAUGAUCUCUGGGAUCCGCACGCGGUAGUAUAUCCUGUAAUUCCGGUACUUUUGUUUUAAGGGCUUAGAGGGAUUGCCAGCCUCUGGCUUGCUCUUUCAGGCAUUGUUAGGAGGCUGGCCAUUGGAUUGAGAGCUGCCCGCUGGUGUCUGACCCUUUCUCUCCCUUCUCCGGCACCGAAGAUCGGAGUUUUUUGUUGGAUUGAAGGGAAAGAAAAAGGUUUGAGGCCAACUUGAAUUCCCUGCCUACUGGUAAUCCGAAAAAUGAGCGCUGUUUCGGGUGUGGUUUCGAGGCAAGUUUUGCCUGUAUGCGGUAGUCUUUGUUUCUUUUGCCCGUCAUUGCGGGCGAGGUCUAGACAGCCUGUCAAAAGGUAUAAGAAGCUCAUCGCCGAUAUUUUUCCUCGCAAUCAGGAGGAAGGACCAAAUGAUCGUAAGAUAGGAAAACUUUGUGAAUAUGCUUCCAAAAAUCCUUUGCGUAUCCCAAAGAUUACAAAUUCUCUUGAGCAAAGGUGUUACAAGGAAUUGAGAAACGAGAAUUUUCAAUCUGUGAAAAUUGCAAUGUGUAUUUACAGGAAAUUACUAAUUUCCUGUAAGGAGCAAAUGCCUCUGUUUGCAAGUAGCUUACUAAGCAUCAUGCUCACUCUGCUCGAUCAAACACGGCAAGAUGAGAUGCGAAUUAUAGGAUGCCAUACUCUUUUUGACUUUGUAAAUAAUCAGCACGACGGGACUUAUAUGUUUAACUUAGAAGGCUUUAUUCCAAAAUUGAUUCAAUUAGCUCAAGAAGUAGGGGAGGAUGAAAGGGAACAGUGUCUACGUUCAGCUGGUCUCCAAGCCCUUUCUUCAAUGGUUUGGUUUAUGGGCAAAUACUCUCACAUUUCUGUGGAGUUUGAGAAUGUUGUUUCAGUAGUAUUGGAAAACUUUGAAAGUCGCACUAAAAAGUUAGAGAACAUGGAUCACGACAAGGAAUGUCAGAAUCAUUCGGUGGAAGAAGUGCUAAAAAAUGAAAGUGAUCUCUCUUCUUCACCUGAUGUCACAACAAAGGGUCCUCCUUGGCAGACAAUUGUGAAUGAGAUGGGCGAAGCGAAUGUGACAGUGGAAGAUGCCAAGAACCCUUGCUUUUGGUCCAGGAUCAGUUUGUAUAACAUGGCAAAGCUAGCCAAGGAGGCUACAACCAUGCGGCGUGUUCUGGAAUCUUUGUUCCGAUACUUUGAUAAUGGGAAUUUGUGGUCUCCUGAACAUGGUCUUGCCCUCCCAGUCCUCAAGGAAUUGCAGUUUUUAAUGGAUAAAUCUGGGCAAAAUACACAUUUCUUGCUUUCCACACUAAUUAAGCAUCUUGAUCAUAGAAAUGUCCUUAAACAACCUGACAUGCAGCUUGACAUCGUCCGGGUUGCCACGUCCCUUGCUCAAGAUGCAAAGGUUGAGCCUUCUAUGGCAAUAAUUGGUGCAUUAAGUGAUGCCAUGAGGUAUUUGCGAAAGAGCAUGCACUCCUUACUCAAUGAUGAGAAUCUGGGAGCUGACAUCGUUAAAUGGAAUAGAAGCUUUGGGGAAGCAGUGGAUGACUGCCUCGUGCAGUUAUCACAUAAGGUUGGAGAAGCAGGCCCAAUUCUUGAGGUUAUGGCCUUGAUGUUGGAGAACAUCUCAACUAUUACAGUGAUAGCCAGAACUACAAUUUCAGCUGUUUAUCGUACAGCUGAAAUUGUAGCCUCUUUGCCCAAGUUAUCGUAUCAAAAUAAGGCUUUCCCUGAGGCUUUGUUUCACCAGUUACUUCCAGCUAUGGUCCAUCCAGACCAUGAAACACGAAUUGGAGCUCAUCGCACUUUUUCGAUUGUUCUUGUGCCAUCUUCAGUUUUCCCUCGUCCGUCCUCAUCUAUUUCUGAGUCAAAGACAGCCUCUGAUCUUCCACGGACACUGUCAAGAACUGUCUGUGUCUUUUCUUCUUCAGCUGCUCUUUUUGAGAAGUUAAGGAAGGAGAAGUUUUCUUUGACGAAAAGUGUAUGUGAAGAUAGCAAAGAUAAUAGUGUUAGUGAGGAGCAACCAAUAAAUAAUGGGAUGGAAAAUAUGUUGAAGCCAUCAUACAGUCGGGUCUGCAGUAUGAGAAGUCCCUCUGUACCCAUGACAGCUGAAGGAAAUAAUGUGAUGAGUUUAAAUAGAGAGACUGAGUCUAAUUCCCUCAGGCUGAGUAGCCACCAGAUUACUCUCUUGCUGUCAUCAAUUUGGGCUCAGUCCAUCUCUCCUGAAAAUACACCUGAUAACUAUGAAGCAAUCGCUCAUACAUACAGUCUGGUAUUGCUUUUCUCCCGGGCCAAGAAUUCCAGUAAUGAAGUUCUAGUUCGAAGUUUCCAGCUAGCAUUUUUGUUACGAAACAUUUCUCUUCAAGAAGGGUCACUACCACCUUCACGUCGCAGAUCUCUCUUCACGUUGGCAGCUUCAAUGAUUCUAUUUUUAUCUAAAGCAUACAAUAUUCUUCCUCUUGUUCGUAUUGCCAAGGCUGCACUUACAGAUAAAAUGGUUGAUCCAUUCCUUCAUGUGGUGGAAGAUUGCAAGUUACAAGCUGUUAAAACAGGAUCCGACCAUCCUGCUAAUGUUUAUGGAUCCAAAGAGGAUGAUAAUUCAGCUUCAAAAUAUCUUUCAGAAAAAGAGAUCACUGAAGACCAAACUAGGGAGUUCUUUGUUUCUGAGAUUUUGAAAAGCUUGGAUCAUUUUCCAGAAUCUGAAUUGUCCACCAUAAGGGAGCAGCUGCUCGAAGAAUUCUCACCCGAUGAUGUUUGUCCACUGGGAAGCCAGUUGCUCAUUGGCAAUCCACAUAGUAUACGUCAGGUUGAUUCAGAAAAUAAUGAAUCUCUUAAGGAGGUUGUUCCAAUGUUUACAACAGAGGAUGAUUCAUAUGAAAGUCAGACCAAACGUAAUUCAGAGUUAGCCAUGGAAAUUCCCAAUCUUUUGAGUGUCAGUCAACUUCUAGAAUCAGUCUUGGAGACAGCACAUCAAGCUGGACGAAUUUCGGUCUCAAAUGCACCUGAUGUGCCUUACAAGGAAAUGGCCCUUCAUUGUGAGACACUACUCAUGGGAAAGCAGCAGAAGAUGUCUAAUGUGAUGAUUACACGACAGAAACAGGAAAGUAGGAUGAACGUCACUUUACAUAAUCAUGAGCCUGAGGUGAAGAAGACGGCAUCCUAUCCCCAUGUUGAUGCUGGCAAUCCUUUCCUUGACCAAAACUUCACUGCCAAUUCAUGUGAACCAUCACCUGGCCCUGUUCCAAUGCCGUGUGCAGCAGAAUACCAGCAUCACCCCCAUUUCUUCAAACUACCAGCAUCAAGUCCAUAUGAUCACUUUCUAAAAGCUGCUGGCUGUUGACAUUUUAGUGGGGUUAGAUGUGAAUUGUGAAUACUCAACAGAAGCUAGCUGUUGAUCUUUAAGCUCAAAGGCUGGUAUAGGAGUAUCCUAUUUUUUAUGCUAAUUAGUAAUUAUAGUGUGCUUGCUUCAUAGUACAUUGCAGGUGCAGAAGCAGAGCGACUGUUUCAAUAAAUAUGAGAUGAGUUUGUUA